AUGAUACCAGAUAAUGAAACCAUUGUAAGUUCAAAUGACACAUCAUCGACUGAAUCCGAAAAAAAUAAUCAUCCAAUACCUCAUAAUUGGGUUUUUGGCUUCAGAUGCUCAAUUCCGGCAACAGAAUUGGUGGUUUUUCUUUUUGAGUCCUUGAAAGCUUUAAAUAUGGAAUGGAAAUUUCUCGCGGAUUUGAAAGAGGAGUAA